GUUUGUUUUGAAGUGCUUUAAUCGGUACAAAGCGUAAAGGCCAGUUUAUAGUUUUUAAACGAGCGGUGUAAUGUAUUAUUUACCGUAACAUUGCAGAGCAGAGACAGCCAUUUGUCAGCGUUAUUCCUCUGAGUAACGUUAAAGCUCAUCACCACAGGAGUAACUAGCAGAAAGAGGAAAACUCCUGCUGAAGCGACUGAUCUCCACACGGUUAUAAAGAUGGCGUUUAUUAAAGAGGAGAGUGAAGACCUGAAGAUUGAACACACAUUCACGGUCAAACAUGAAGAUCGUGACAAACAAACAGACCUGACGGCACCGAAAGUGGAGCGCCAAGAAACGAAUGAAUUGGAAGAAAGAAAUCAGCAUGACAAACGUGACUCCGCAAUUGGCGAAAAAUCCACACAUACUCAAGACGCUUCCUUACUAAAAAGGCCCCAGAGCGCUGAAUCCAGCGGUUAUUAUAUCUGCGGCGAGUGUAACAAGUCCUUCGGUCUAAAACAAAACCUGGAAGUUCACAAGAGAACCCACACCGGAGAGAAACCGUUCUCCUGCCAGCAGUGCGGCAAGAGUUUCUCUCAAAAGCAGAACCUGAAAGUGCACAUGAGAGUUCACACCGGAGAGAAGCCCUUCAGCUGCCCGUUCUGCGGCCAGAACUUCACGCACAAAGGAAACCUCAAAACCCACGUGAGGAAUCACACCGGCGAGAGCGCCUUCAUCUGCAACCUCUGUGGCAAGAGCUUCUCCCGGAAGGAGAGUCUGAACACUCACAUGAGGAUUCACUCCGGAGAGAAGCCGUUCGGCUGUGCUCAGUGCGGAAAGUCGUUCAGAUGCAAGGUAAAUCUGAAUUGCCACAUGAGGAUCCACUCGCGGGAGAGCAGCUUCAUCUGUCAUCACUGUGAACAGAGUUUCGGCGACAGCGAUGAACUCAGGAGUCACGUGAACACUCAUGUCGGAGAGAAGCCCUUCAUGUGCCUUCACUGCGGAAAGAGCUGCUCGAAUAAAGCCGUCCUGGAGGUGCACAGUCGGAUCCACACCGGAGAGAGACCCUUCGUCUGCCCUCAGUGCGGAAAGAGCUUCACGCUCAGGGGAAACCUGAACAUUCACAUCAGAGUUCACACCGGAGAGAAGCCGUUCAACUGCGUUCACUGCGAGAAGAGCUUCACCUACCACACAGACCUCAAACGCCAUUUGCAGAGUCCCUGUGAAAAGAACUCGCCAUGAGCCCUUCAUUAAACAAAUACUGCACCACCUGGUGAAUUAUAAAAUGCGCUGUUCACAUAGGCAACGAUGUUUUUUAGUUUAGCUGGAAAAGCUCUAUUGACACAUCCAUUCCAAAAUACUCUGACAUCGAUAACCAGAAAUGGUUUCUGACUGUUGAUUCUGGAAAAUGCGCAUGUCUAGUUUUACUACACCUGCAUUUGACACAAUACUUCACAAUAUUUUGAUUGAGCGUUGUGCUGAUUUCCCUUUAUUUAAUCACCCUAAUUAAACAAAGUUAAGAUCAGGA